GUACCGACUUGUUAUGCGUUGGUGCUAGAAAAUAAGGGAAGCUAAUUUAGAAUUUCAAUUUAAUGAAUACCCCUUCGCGUAUAAAGCAUAAGUGUUUAAAGAGGUACAGCUCUGUUAAUGUAUUACUUUUUUUGCUUUUUUAUUAUGGAAAUUCACAAGUGAAUGAAGUAGUAGGUUGCAGGCACUCUGCUGCACGCAAGUUCAGACUUGCUUAUUUUAUUUUUAUUUUAAUUAUUAAAUCGAAGUGCCUAUUGUCUUACAAACCCAACAAUAAUAUUUUAAAUAGUUUUUUAGGCUUAUUGAAAAGAUGAAUGCCAUGGCGUCUUUUGGUUGUUUAUUAUAUUUGCAUUGAAUUAGGGUAUAUAAAUUAUAGUUUAUAUUAUAGUUAUAGGGUUCAGGUUCGGUUAGGCAUAGUAUUGGGAUCGAUUUAGGGAUACAUUCGUGAGAUUCGAUAAAAUAGUGGCAUUCGUCCGUUAAAUUUACUGAUUUUUAAUCUCAACCUCUCACUUCUGGUACCCAGGUAUGAAUAUUUGCAGCCUUAUUAUAUUUCACAUGGAAAACAUGAUAUAAUUAUAGAUCUAUCAUCAUGUGAUAUUGUCAUUUAUGUUUAUUGUCUUAGUCUAUAAUAUUAGACAUUGAUUGUGAUUAAUGGUACCCACUUAGUAGAUUAUAAUACUUCAUUUAAAAAGUCAUAGCUUUACUUUGGUUGAUUUUGGGUUGCGGUAAAAGGUCAGCGAUGUGUUCCACUGUAUAUUAUAUAGGUGACGAAGGUUCCCCCAUUUCCACUUCUGUCUGCAGCACCGUCCACAGUGCCGUACUAAAAAGAUUUUGAAGUUUGUAUCCACAUAAUGCAAGUUAUUGUUUUCUUAUUUUAUAUAAUUUUUUUUUAAUUGGGGAGGGGGUCUUUGUUUCUUAUUUUGGUAUUUAAAGUGGGGGUGAGGGAGACCCCCUCCCCGUCCCUAGAAGAUAAUUCCAAAUGCAAUUUAAGCAGUAGUCUCCCUUUUGUUACCGAAGUUUUAACAUACAGGUAUUUUAAUUUUCAACGAAUCAAAAUACAUCACUUUUGGCACACGCCUCUUUUCACCAGUAUUGGGUCUUUGGGUAUAAGCAAGGAUGUGUUUCUUUUUUCCUUUCUUUUGAAACAUUUAAGUUGAAUUUUAAUAAAAAUUAAUGGAAAAUUUCAUUUUAAUAUACUUCAUAUUAACCGUAUCGUUUAUGGCGCGAGUAAUUCUCAAUAAAGAACAGGAAUGUUAUCACACACAUCGUUGGGGUGCUACAAUUAAUAGGUCUAUUCACCCGAAGUCCAGUGUUGGGAUUUCCCCAAGUGACGCCACUGCGCUUAGGGUGAGACCACUCUUAGCAAAACCCAUACCGUUAACCCAAAAUUUACCCUUUACUUUACCUUUUAAGAUUCUUAUUUUAUUGAAAUGGAAAUGUGUUUUGAUUAUGAUUAGGCUACGUUGUAAAUAUUCUUUUGAGUAGCUCGUAAAUAAUAAUAUUUCCUUUUCCAGGUCUUGUCUCAAUAUUUUAUCAAUGUUUGGGCCCUUGAUAAAGUGCACAUUUUUGCAUGAGUUAUAAACAAAUAAAUACUUGAGGUGCCAUGGACUACAACAGACAUUCAAUCAAACAAGUUCCCAUUAAUGUGAGUUUUACUGAAGCGAUGAAUGCUUUACAAAUAUUUUAAAUAGACUGGAUCAUUAAUUCUAUUUACAAAUAGAGUCUUCAUUUACUAGUGUUCACAGUGUUUACUAUAUCCUUCUUUUCUCUUAGAAUUCAUCUUCCAAUGACGAGGCUAAGACAGAUUUAUAUGAAAUUCUUUAUGAUGAUGCGUGGAGAUCAGAAGAAUCUGAUGGUAACUUUCUAAUGUUCCAGUCAAAUCCAUUUAUACAUUUUUCAUUAAAUUAGCAGCAAAUGCAAGAUUUAAUUUUCAUAGUGAAAUUGAGCCGUUGUUUAAAAGCACUUGAUGAUAUUGGAAUCAAUGUCAAAUUAAUAUGUAUUCUUUACUCGGCUAUUUAUUUAGUGUGAUUUGCAUACUGAAAGUAUGCCUUUAUGAUUCAUUAUUUGUCAAAAUAGAUUAUUUUAGUCUGAUAAUAAAAUGCUUAGUAACAAUGAUAUGUUUUAAAUCUAAUCAGCUGCAAGUCUGUAUGAAGUACCAGCAGAUUAUAUUGAGUAUAUAAGACAUAGCGGCAAAGACAGUGGCUGUGAAGAUCCAGUGAAUAGUGCCAUAGCUGAGGUUUCACAUGAUUUUCUGUCAGGAUGUGGACCAAUUGCUUCAAAGCAACACAAUGGUGACAGUGAUGAGUCUCACAUCUCAACAGACACAGACUUUAAACUCAUCAAUGCCAGGGCUGCUUAUGCUAGGUAUCCAGAAUCAGGCGGAGGACUCUCUGACAAUGACUGGAAUCCCUAUGGCACAGAAUCUGACACCAACUUAACUCCACGACUGCCAAGCAAAGAUUUCAUGAAAUCAUCUUUCUCUGGAAUAUCAUCACACAUCUCUUUCAAUCCCCCACUCCACAGUACAGAGAUGAAUACGUUACCUGCCAAUUGUGGUGGUUUAGGGCCUGUCACUGGCAUGAGUGAAAUUUAUGAAGAGACAGAAAUGAGCCCAGCAGUUACCUUGAAACCUGACAUUACCUUGGAUUUUUCUUCUAUUUCGCAUGUCUCAGAGAAGACCCUUAGCCCUAUGAAGACAUGGGACUCAAGCAAGCUGAAUAAUAAACUCAAUGAAACCAUGAGAGAAAAGAGCGCAACAUCUGAGUUGGGCCUAAAGGAUAGAAAAAAACAGGAAGCUAAUGACGCUGAUGUGCCCCAUCUCAGAAGUGGGUUACAGAGCAAAGAAAUCGGUGGUAGGAUUUCAACUGGGAGUAGUCAGAAGGCCAUGACUGAUGGACAAAAAUCAUUACAUGUAGAUUCUUCAAUGAGAAAAUUCCAGACUUGUGGUGUGGGACAAGGCUGUGCAGCUAUUAACUAUGACCUGCUUCAGCGUGACCUACAGGAGAUACAAGACAGCCUCUGGCGUACUCUAGGUCCAGACCCUCAUCAUGCUGGUCAUCAGCAACCUCAUGAAGUAGGUCAAUGGUCAAGUAAAGAAACUCCAGACAUUUCUGACAGUGACAGAGAAAUUAUUCCAAGUACUAACACCUCUCCCAACAUUAGCACAGAUAAGAUCCAGUGGGCAUUGAUGACAGAUCUAGAUUACCACCAACAAAGGGAACACAAUAAGAAGGCUAUUAGUUCUCCUAACUAUCAAGGUCAAGGGCAUUUUGGACAUUCAGAUGGGGAUGAGACCCAAACCUCUGGUGGCAGUGACAAGAUGGAUGACCACGAAGCUGCCGACAGAGUCUUGGCCGAAAUGUCAGAACUUCUUCAACCUGGGAACAUUAUUGACACCUGUAGUGAUAUUGAUGAAGUAAUGUCUAACUUAAGGAGUCACCGCAGAGAGGUAAAAUCUGGCUACAAACAACUUAAUAACCAAGGCCUUGCUGAAAAAGUUUUUCGAAUUUUAGCUGAUCAAGAUCCAGAAAUUCAGGCUGAUGUUAUUUUGACUGAAGUCAGUGAGGAGGAAAAAGACAUGAGGGUUAAAUAUGCCCUUCAGCUCCAUAACAAGGAUUUCAACUUUUCUUCAUCUUCAGACAUAAAUAGACAUCCCUUAAUUCUUGGAGAUGAUGUGCGAAAGAAGCUAGAUUUGUCAAAUUUGAGUUCUGAAGACACAAGCAUGUUAACCAACAAAUCAUUCCUCCCAAGACCUAGAGGCUUCAAUGCUUUUGAUGGCAUGACCCAGUUUCUUUCAUCACAGAUGCACAGAGCAGCAGAAAGGACAUUUAACCACAGCUUGGACAUGCAGUUACCUCCACAGGUCAUUCAGUGCUACCCUCUGGUUGGUUAUGAGAGAGCUCAAGGUGAAGGCCAAAGUCACUCAGUAGGUCAGGACCAACAAGAUGAGGCUGAUGGUAACAGAUCUCAAGCUGCCAAGCCAUCAAGGUAGGCUCAAUAUUUAUUGCUUUUGUUUUAAUAGCAGAGACAAGAAAUAGAACUUCAAAAUGUAUGAGUUUCACACUUAAAAAUUUACAAAUAAUUAGUUUUUUGUGUUAUUUAAUACAAAGUUGAAUUCUCUUUAAAAUGUAAAUAAUUUCAUUGAGAAAGUUACAUUUGUAUUGCAAUAUAGUUGCACUUUGAGGUGAUUUUUUCAUGAGUAUUGCAAGAGGACAUGAGAAGUGUAUGGCAUAUAGAUUACCACUGGUAGAAUUCCAAACUUUCCAAAACUUGUCACACAGAACUGCACUCAAAACACAUCUAUUUAAACUAUACUACUCUGACUGAUUCUCCUCCUAUAAACCGAUAAACGUACAUGGGUUUCCUUGUAAAAAUGUCUGGUGUGGGUGGAUGAAUAUACCUAUGGUGUUGUUUUGCUUAUAUGUUGUUUUUAUUUCAUUUAUGUAUUUUAUUUUAAUAUUAUGAUUAUGCCUCUUUGCUAUAUAUGUACAGCGUGGUGAGCCCAGCCCUAGGCUGGGGUACCGCGCUAUAUAAGACCACUUAUUAUUAUUAUUAUUAGAUUAUAAAAGGCGAAAAUAAUAACUUACUGUUCUUGUCUUUAUAUUAUUUCACCAUCAGCCAAAGAGGAAAUGAAGAUGUUGCAAUAGCUGAUGGACAAGGAGAUAUACAAGAUGCCAACAACGGGAAAUUGUAAGUUAAAGAAGUGUAACUAUUUGGAAGAAAUUAUGUAAUUAUUAUAAUGUUAUGAAAGAAAUACAUACAAUUUUUAACAAAAUUAGUGUAUUGUUUUUUUUCUUUGUAUAAAAUUGAGCAGCCGUUGUGCUGGUGCUGAUAAAGUGUGGAUCUAACUAAUUUAUUUUUAUCUACAGAUCUUCAAGGGCUGACCAACCUUAUCAUCCCUCACAGCAACUAUACGAAGGUAACAUCAGCUGUUGCUGUCUAUCAAAGCUAUAUCUUUUUAACGAUUAUGAAUUUAAUUCAUCUAUACAUGCAGUUUUCUCCAUGGAUCUAAGUGUUCAUAAUUGUAAGAAGAAGCAUUUCUAAGAAAUGAAAAGGAUUGAUCCCUAACUUUGUCAUUGACUUGUUUCUUUUGCUGCUUGUAAUCAAGAAAUUGUUUACAACUUAUAUCUUUAUCUGAAUGAUUGACAAAUUGGAGCUUAGGUUUUACAAUGAACCAUAUCAAAAUUCAUCUCUUUCUUUUUCCCUGUCUCUGUCCACCAGGACAACAUAACAAUAACCACUGUGAGACCUCUUCACCACCAGACUCAGACUCAAGUACUGGAAGAUGGAAAGACAAGUACAGGCCUUACAAGUAAUCAUUUCUCACCAUAAUAAGGGUCCCCAUGCAGUCGGGAAAAUAGGAAAUAGUCUGGAAUUCAUUGAAUAAUUUUCCCGGCCAUGAAAACCGGGAAAAAGGGCCUUCUAGGAAGGAAAUUUUCCGUCUAGUUGGGAAUUUUUUAAUUUUUAAAAAUCAAUAAUGAAUUUGGAUUCCAUAAAAAUUGACGUUAAUCGCAGAUCUCGUCUGUUGUUAGCCUUUCUGUUAUCAAAAGGACUUUGUCAAUAUGCUAGUGGUUUCCCCUUAAUUGCGCAUGAGUUUUGAGCACUACAAGUUUCGAAUACCGUACUACUACAACUUCGAUAAACCAGAAAUAUUUCUUUUCUGUUCACAUCGCUGAUCAAGAAAUAUUUGACUGUUUGGGUAAGUAAAGUGUAAAAUAUAGUAAAUAAUUAUUUGAAUUUUGUUUUCAAUUGUGAGGUAACCAUUAUAAAUUUUAAAUAGAAAACUACUCGCUCAAGCCCUGUCUAAAUUGACUAAGCUUAGCACUUAGCUUACUUUGCUGUCUUAGUCUUAAUUAGUUGAUUUUUAUAAGUUUUACACUAUGUAGUGGACAUGUAAUUUUCAUUAGAGCUAGGCAGCCUUUAACUUUUGUAAAGACUUCUAAGUUCACUUUACAUUUAAUUAUGGAGUAGGGCCUCUAAAUUUAAAUAGGCCAGUGUGAUUAAGUUAUUUGUGAUAUUAUUUUUGCAUAGAUUAGUUAACCAGUGUACUGCUUACUUCGGAACUUCAUUUAAAAGUUAUCAAAAAUAGUUGAUUUGACUUGAUGCAUCGAUUCAGUGAGCCUAACAUUGACUAACAUAACUGUAUAUAGUUUGUCUUUAUUUAUAGUUAUAAGUAAUGCACUCCUGUGCUCUGGGUAUACUUAACGGUAUUAUACUAUUAUUCACAAGCACAUUGGUGUACGCAAGGGUUUUUUGUGGUGUUUUUUUGGGGGGACUUAGAGACACAAAAGAAGGGUUGGAAAGGGGGGGGGGGGUUCCAAUUGAUGCGACCAUUCCCCUGCGGCAAAUCCUGACUAUGCUGUUUCAUGUGCAUAUGCCUUAGUAUCUCUUCUGACUCUGUAUUACAGUAGUUUAGUACGAGUAUAAUAUAGUCUAUAUAAUGUUUUUGUAUGCAUACUAUAAAUUAUAAAUCUAAUAUGAAAAUAUAUUUUAUUUUGUUUCACUAUUCAGGAUCUAGGCUCAAUAAAAUAAUGCCCAACAGUUCCAUUAAAGACUGAUGCAAAUGUUGGUAUCAAGUGUUCACAGGGAAAAUGUUUAAAAAUGUCAGUCAUCUGAUGAGACUCCAUCUUUAUCACCUAUCUUAGGUGUCCACUUUUGCAACUUCUCAGUCAAGCUCCCAAUUUAUGUGUCAAAAAUAUGAAACCCUCUUUGGAGAGAUUUUAUAGACACUAAAGUGUAUGGACUCAAACUAUUCAUUUUCAUCACAAAAAAGUGAACAGUAACUCCAUAUAAAAAAAUAUGCUUUCCACUUGUGGUAGCUGUACGUAUGUUCUAAAAUGCCCCGGAGAACACAUUGCAAAUGUUGCCCUUGCACUUUAAAAGUAAACAUCAACAAUUUUUCAAGUCUAAGUAAAUUGAAAAAUUGCAAUUGCUAGGAAAUUUAAUAAAUAUUUACAUGUAUAUACCUUUACUGCCUGAUUUAGUUCAUUUGUGUUGUAAGUCAAUUUUGCUUUACUUAGACGAUUUCAUAGUUUCAUGAUUUUAAUUUUUUUUAAACGCUGCAUUGUGACAGUCAGGAAUUUGUAUGUUUUCAGUUGUGAAAAAGUAGGGAUUUUGUUUUUUUAGAAGAGUGGGAACCCGGCAUAAUGAUAACAAUAGUCACACAAUUCUAAACACAUGUUCAAGAUAACUGAAAUCAGCUAUUUUCAACCUUUUAUGAGCAAUCUCAGAUGUUGAAGUGUAUCACCUUAAGGGGAGGUGUGGGUGAAAAAUUUCAAACAUUGAAUAUUUUUUAUUAUUUUUUUUAUUUGGUUUCAUUAACCUUUUCAUUAUCAAAUUACUCGUAAUUGUGAUGCAAAAAUAAUUCAGAAAAGAUAAUAAAAUACAAUUUUCCUGACCUUGUCAAUCAGCAAAAAGUCAAAUUUGCCCUACAAUGCAGUGCUUUUUCCCCUGUGUUAUGUUAGUAUAUAUUUGGAACACUCUUCCUAUCGCUAUCAGAAACAGCCAGACCCUGAAGUCUUUCAAAACUGAUUUGAUUUGAAGACUUAUCUUUUUCGCAAACACCUGCUGAGAUGAUGUUGUCUAUCUAGCUAUUAUCUUUUAGAUGUAUAUUGGCCUGUGUUGUAUAUGGUUGCAAGGUAUGAAAGACUUAAAAUGGGUAUUCUUGUAUGUAGUUUUGUAAUGUUGAAUUUUGUACUUCAAUGCUGUAUGUACAGCGCUUCGAGCCUUUGGGGAUAAAGGGUGAUUUUUAAAUAAUCUUUAUUAUUUAUUAUUAUUAUUAGGCAUUGCCUAGGCCCAGUGUAUUUGGCAUUGUCCAUGCCCAGUGUAUUUGGCAUGGUUGGGAAGCUGGUUAUGUCCAGUUUUAGAUAAAAAUAGCUUUUCGUCAUAAUGAAAAUUACGAAAGCAGCCUGACAUUUAAAUUGCCUGUAAAUUCUAUAUAAAUAGGGUAUGUUCCUGUCCUACUUGGUAUAUCACAUGAUCCAGCUGUGACCUUUGAAUAAAAGAAUCAUUUUGAUUGGUUACAAUGUCAGUAUGUUCAGUGACCAAUAAUAAACAUUAGAGACCAAUCAAAUUUUUUAGAUUUUUCACCCUCACCUCCCAUUAAAAGUCCUAGUUUUACCAGGAGGGUGGCGGGGAGGAGGGGGUGGUUAUACUUUGAGUUAAAUAAUUAAUUCCUAUGAACCUUUUUACAAGCAUAAAUUUUAUUGAGGAUUUUUUUUUAUGCGCUUUUUCAUAUCUUACUUAUCGUGUCACCAUCUAUUAUGUAAAUAUCUCUUAUAAUUCUAAGCUUUUGUCCAAUAGACCACCAGGUUCCAGUGACGUUUAUUACACCGAAAGUGAUGCAGUGUCUGUGGCAGACAGUGUAACGACUGUUGAGAGCACUCACUUAGGUACGUAUUAGUUUGGGUGGGUUUUUUUAUCUGUCAGGUGAUUAAUAUUAAUUUAGUUAACUGUUGCGCUCUCGUUGUCUUUUUUAUUUUUCGGCUCCCAUUUGUGUUUCGGAAUAUUCGGUUAAAAUAGUCAGAAAUGCUGUCAGGAUACACAGGUUUUGUUCAUCUUGUCUGAUGGCACUUGAAACGAAUCACUGUCAAAAAAUUCUAUGACCCCCCUUUCUAUUCCAAGAAAAUAUGAGUGUUUAUUCAAUUGUGUCUUUGUCAUCUUAGUUUGUUUAUUUGCCUGGUAGGGUCAGAUGAUGCGAGGGGCCCAACUCUGCCGCAGUCCGCUUUGGGCAGCAGGAAAGACCCUCCCAAAGCCGCAGGUAUCUAUGGCAAUCGUAAACAUUCAGAGGAAGCCAUUGUUUUGACCCCCAUUCAAGAAAAACCUGGAAUGGUAAUUAUCACAAUAACAUAAAUAAAAAAAAUGUUUAAGAAUUGAAAUGUGUUAUCUCUUUACCUUUAUCAGCUUUUAAAACAGUGGCAUUAGAAAUAUAACGUUUUUUUAAAAAGUGGCUUUAGAAAUAUAACGUUUUUUUAAAACAGUGGCAUUAGAUAUAUAACGUUUUUUUAAAAAGUGGCUUUAGAAAUAUAACGUUUUUUUAAAACAGUGGCAUUAGAUAUAUAACGUUUUUUUAAAACAGUGGCAUUAGAAAUAUAACGUUUUUUUAAAACAGUGGCAUUAGAUAUAUAACGUUUUUUUAAAACAGUGGCAUUAGAAAUAUAACGUUUUUUUAAAAAGUGGCUUUAGAAAUAUAACGUUUUUUUAAAACAGUGGCAUUAGAAAUAUAAAGUUUUUUUAAAAAGUGGCUUUAGAAAUAUAACGUUUUUUUAAAACAGUGGCAUUAGAAAUAUAACGUUUUUUUAAAAAGUGGCUUUAGAAAUAUAACGUUUUUUUAAAACAGUGGCAUUAGAUAUAUAACGUUUUUUAAAACAGUGGCAUUAGAAAUAUAACGUUUUUUUAAAACAGUGGCAUUAGAAAUAUAACGUUUUUUUAAAAAGUGGCUUUAGAAAUAUCAGCUUUUAAAACAGUGGCAUUAGAUAUAUAACGUUUUUUUAAAAAGUGGCUUUAGAAAUAUCACCUUUUAAAACAGUGGCAUUAGAUAUAUCAACUUUUAAAACAGUGGCAUUAGAAAUAUCACCUUUUUUAAAACAAUGGCAUUUGAUAUAUCACCUUUUAAAACAGUGAAAUUAGAAAUAUCACCUUUUUUAAAACAAUGGCAUUUGAUAUAUCACCUUUUAAAACAGUGAAAUUAGAUUAUCAACUUUAAAACAGUGGCAUUUGAUAUAUCAUCUUUCAAAACAGUGGUGUUUGAUUUAUCAGCUUUUCCAAAAUUAAUUAUGUAUUUUGUUCCAUUUACUUUCACUUCUUUUUGAAGUAAAUAUUUUCCAUUUCAAGGGUAAUGAAACAAGGAGUUAUGAAAGAAUGUUUGAAUCAAAUUUAAGAUGAAAUGGGUUGGAUAUAUUCAUAAAGGAAUUUCAUAGGAAGUUCAGACAAUUUGAUAACAGUUUCUUUACAAGACUGUCAUUUUAAAAUACUUAAAAUUGUGUGUUUUAUAGUUAAUAUUUUGAUUUAGCUUUUAAAUUUCUAUUUCAAUUGAUCUGAAAAUCAAGACUUGGAAUAUCAGAUAAAAAAAGAUAUUGAUUGUUUUCUGUCUGUAAUAUCAUUUUUUCAUGCACAGAAAUCACACAAAAAUGUGUCUGUAGGCAAGAGUUAACAAGUUGGGGGGAAGCUUGAUUUAUGCAAUAACCAUUUCUGGAUACUUUUGAGAAAUACCUUCUUUAGCACACAAAAGUUAUAUAUUUGAUUUAAAUAAAUAUCAAUGAUAUAAUAAAUAUAUUGUUAUAUUUAAGAAGAAUGAUAAUAACGUGACUUAUAAAAUCAUAUAAGCCACUGAUGAAGGGGUUUGCCAAAUUUUUCUGUCAUGAAUAAAGAUCAACAAUCUUCUUGACCUACAUUAUUUCUGUCUUGUGGGGAGCCUAACCCUUGUCGCUUUACAUAAGAAUUAAAUCUAGACAUAAAAAUAUUCACUCAUUUCCUGUAACUCAGUCGCGUAUUUCACGUUCUCAAUUCGCAGGAUGACUCUGAACCUGUCGCCAAAGAAACCGUUGAAGAAGUGCCAAAGCAAUCAGUUGGACUCGAUGGGGAGAGAUUCAAGCAUGCAAGCAAAUUGAAUGAGCCAACAAUGGAAUCAAGAGGUGAUACACGACUGGUCGCUGAUGAAGUGUCGCCUAGAGUAGAUGACUACCAGAAAACGAUUACAAUAUCUAAUAAUCCUGCUCAAGUAUUAAGGCAUUGUGAGGAAGUUUCAAAAUGCCAGGAUGUUGCCAGUCUCGGUCAGAAAGAGGCUCACUUGUCUAAAUGGCCUCUUGAGGGCAACAACAGCCACCCAGUCAGCAGAACACUGUACAGGAAUCAACAAGAUAACUCUAGUUGGAAGGAGAAAAGCGCUCUCAGAGCACAAAGCACAUCUUCAGUGGCGAGAGGUCAAUGUGAAAAUGAUUCAAGGCAUGUCAGCACUAAAAUCAAACCAGCAGAUUCAACUGACCAAUGUCUGUCAUACACUCAAGAAGAUUGGAAGUCAAUAAAAUAUGAGACCAGGCAUCAGAUGGCAUCUAAUUCACAGCAGACUUCGCAGACCCCCGCCAUCUCUCCAGCUUUCCACAGAGCUCUCUCGCCAGACCUGUUACAGGCCAUAGGGAAUCGAUCCCCUUUGAUUGGUAGUGCCAUUGAGAAGUCUUUAGCUCGGCCUCCAGCUGUAAGUGCAAACAAACCCGUCACUGCUUCAAGAGAGCACGUUAAACAAAGUCAGCAAGGACCGCCAACAUUCUUGGCCAGGGAGAGAAGUCAAGUUAGCCGAGAGAUAUCUCAUAGUGCUUUGACUGCUCCACCAGUUAUUCAAACUGUCAGCUAUGCAGCAGGCAAACGUUCACAGAAUUUUCACAGAUUAGAUGAUGUACAAGAGACAAGAUCUGCUGGACUCCAGAAGAAAUCAGAAAGGUUUUAUUUUGCUUCACUGUUUUAAAUAUUAUUUCCACCCCCCAAUUCUUGGGUUUAUGGAUCAUAAUAACAUAAUAUGUUGUAUAUGUAUUUCUAAUUUUUUUUUAAAGUGACUUCAUUUAUUUUGACGUCCGGUAAAAUAAUAUUGUUUUCUUUUCUUGAGGGAAAAAAAAAAUAAGAGUUGCAGAUUUGUAAUUCAACAAAUACAUUUUAUAUGAAAAUAACUUAUAAUUUUGUCCUCAAUUUAAGUUUUGACUUAAUGUGUUGCCAAAAUAUUUAACAGUCUUGUAUUUGUGUCCAGAGAUGUGGAGAUAACUCUUGAGAACAUGAGUUCUGACAGCCAGGAUACAAGUGUGGACCACCACCCCAUGACCCAGAGAGCCAAAUUUUUGACCCAAGCCUUGGCGCAGGAGGAGGACAUUCCUGUUAAUAUCAACCAACUUUGGGAGCAGUUCAAGGCCAUGAACCAAUCUCCAGAAAGUUCUAUGAACAGCUCCAGGAUGGAAGAUGUGGCCGACUUGUUGAGGAAUCCAGCUCGACAUCACAUUGCUCAGUACAUGAAGGAACGGGAGGAGUAUCGUAUCCAGAGGCAGGACAGAAGUGAAAGAGAAAGGGAAAGGAAGCUGAAAGAGCAUCAGCAGCUUGUCAAGUGGAAUUCCCUCCCAGGGGAGCUAAGGAAGAGCUCAGAAGAUGUUAGCUCAAACAAAGAAAAUGAGAAAAAUCGGCCUCGCAGGGAGAAAAAGAAACUCUCUCAAGAUGGAGAGAAAGACAAAAAUGGUAGUGGGCAGACCGCAGAAAGUCUUUUCUCCAUUGCGGAAGAUGCCAGCUUUGAAGUGUCCCCAAGUAAAGCCAACACAGCAUCAAAGCAAGGAGUUCCUAGACAAAAGCAUGUCAUAGAUCCCAACAUGAAUAAACUGAGAGAUCGCAUCUCAAAACAGAGGAAGUGGGUUGAAAAGGAAGAACUCAAGGAAAUGCAUCGAAUGGACAAGCUGAGGAAACUUGAACGCUUGCUCCUGGCCAAGAAACAAGGAAAGAUAAGUGAUCAGAAUUUUGAUCAUCAUCUUGAGAAUAUUUCUUUAUCAGCUUCCACCAGCACAGACAACUCUCAAGAUGGUGGGCGUUACCUUCCAAGCCAUAACACAACACCAUUAUCUGAUGACAGUACCACAGCUAAAGACAGCAGCUCUGAAAUGCUGACCUGGAAGGCUGAGAAACACAGGCGCAUGAAAGAAAUGUCUCAACAGAAGAAAGGUUAUUCCAAACAGCACGGGAAAACCAAGUAUCACAACUACACGGCUUCAUCUAAUCAGCAGAAACAGCUUCGUGCUGGCCGCACCAGUCCAGAAAGAGCCAAGCCAUUGUUGAAACAAAAGAGAGCAGAUUCUCCCCAAGACAGCUCAUAUGACGACCAGACUCCAAGAGCCUGGUCUGCCGAUUUCAAUGUCCACCACCCAGGUCGACCUCACAAUCUGUACUCACCUUAUUCAAGAACCCCGUUCUAUUUGGAUCAUGUCCCAAAACUUAAGCUCUCACCCACCAGUAGGUCAUCCAGUGAGGAUCAAAGUGAUUCACAGGAGAGCUACAAGACAUUGGAGGCCAGCCAUUACAAGACAAGAUCAGCUGCUGACAUGAAGCUGAAAACUGGAGUAAAACAUCAGCGUAACAGACACAAGAAAUUAGAUUUUAGGGCAAGUGAAGAUUACAGUUCAGAGAAUGAACCACCAGGUCAGGAUGAAUCUUUUUCUAGCUUUCAAAAUUAAAUUUCUUAGAAGAGAAAUCAUGUUCCAAAUGACAAACCUAGUAACAACAUAGUGUGUUUCUUGUCAGAGAUUUGGUUUAAAUUGGUUGUAUUAACAAAUCUUGUGGGAAUAUUUAAAAAAACACUUUGGUCAAAAGUUUGUUUAAAAUUAAUUUCUUAACCAAUUCUUUCAACACUAAGCAUUAUCCUGUGGAUUUUCCCCAGCAUCCCAACAAACUAGUGGAAUAGCUUGGGACAUACCAUUGGAUUCUAAACACCAUCCUUCUAAACAACCCAAGGCCCUACCUUUGAAAGAAAGAAUGAUUCUUACCAAUACAGGAUUCCAAACAAAAUCAGGUCAAUCAAGGGAGACAACUUUGGCCACAAGUAGAGAAAAGGUCGCCUCUAUUUGGGAGGUCAAUGAGCAUCCUGAGGGCAUUCCGAGACGUGUCUGGGAAGAUGUGAGUCAUUUUGUUGUAUGCGUUGCAAGCAUGACUUAAAUUCUUGAUGCUAAUCAAUUUCAUCUCUCUAGUGUAGUGAUCUUAACUGUCUCUAAUCUAAAUGGCAAGACACAACAUUAAACUUUGGCUAAAUUGAUGAGCUCAGUGUUGUGUUUAUUGCCAAUGGUUUGUAUUGUUACAUGAAGAAUUUCCAACUUUUGUAUAUAAGGCAGAGUUGAGCAUACUUGGACUAGUACACAGUAAUUAGGAUUUCUGAAGUAGAUUUUUUAGUUAGCUAAGAAUAAUACUUUAUAAGCAUUCAAAUAUAUUUGAAUAAAAUGUUGCAAAUUAUUCCCAUUUCUGAAUUUGUCAAUUGAAUACAAUUAUAAUUUGUGGACCAAUGAUUGAAGGGAGUUGUUUAAUAUUUUCUAAAAUAAACAUUGCCAUAUCAUGGAAUCAGUGGCAACCUACAGUUCUGUCCCCAUUCAUGUCUGGCAGGAAUAUGCAAAUAAUCUUUAAAUGCUGAUUGUAUUCGGGUAAGCCUAUCUGUUUUUAGACCAGUUUCUUCAUUCCAUAAGUUGUUAUCGAUCUCCAGGUUGUCAAUCAAGAUCCCUUGGCUAGUAAAACAAACCACUGGGAUGUGGAUCCAUUAAUGGACAGGGUCCAGUACAUCCUUGAUAGAGGACCUCUGGGAUGCAAUGGGGAAGAGAGAGAAGAUGGAUUUUCACUACAGGUCAGAUCACAAUGUAGUUUGAUUUUGGGAGGGUUUUUUUUACAUUUUUUAAACUAAAUUUGGAAUUUUUCAGUGUAGUUAAAAUAAUUUUUGCUGUAAAACAUUUGAGAAGUUACAAAGAAUUACAGAGAAUGUAAAAAAAAAAUAAUAAUUAUGAACUUUAUUUGAAAAUUCUUUAUAGUGCUGUUUCACAAAUGAUUUUGAACAAUUUGUUUAAAAGCAGCUUUUCUUAACUUAAAACAGUAUAUUAUUAAUAAAAAUUUAAUUGGACCUUUCAAAUUAAAUUGUUUACUUUCUCAAGAACUGACAAUGUUAUACUUUUCAGGAGGCAUUCUUAGCACGUAAACAAGGUUUUAUCUCCAAAUGUAAGGAAAGACAAAAACGAAUUGCACUGGCACGAGAGAGCAGGCAUAUGCAGGAAUGCCUGCGGCUUGAACGUGAAGCCAUCUUUGCAGAUCAGGGACGAAAUGUCCCAGCCAACCUUUAUGCUCAUCCUUACAGCGGUAAGUAAUAUAGCACACGUUUAGUUAAAAUGAGCAUAUUUUGUUUUAAAAAGUCCUGGUAACCUAAAAAUUGACUAACUGGAUUGACGAAACAUGUCAUCUCAAAGAUGAUAUACAAUUUUGUGGAUUGUCUUUAUAAUUUUUUUUUCAGAUAAUUUGUUUCAACCAAAGAGGAGAGUUCUCAGCAAGCAAGAAAUGAAAGAGAUUACCUUAAAGUAAGAUAUUGCAUUAUUUUUAGGGUCAUCAUUAUACCUCAUGGAAUUAAUAAUACCUCAUGGAAUUCAGAAUACCUCAUGGAAUUAAGAAUACCUCAUGGAAUUAAGAAUACCUCAUGGAAUUAAGAAUACCUCAAGGAAUUAAGAAUACCUCAUGGAAUUCAGAAUACCUCAUACACAGAGAUUUUUUGGUAUCACAAAACAAGGGUCCAGUGCAACACAAAAACAUUUAAAAUAUGAUUUGAUCAAACUUAGCCUUUUAUAAAGAUGCAGUAAAUUUAGUUUGUCUCAUGUCAUGAUCUCAAGUCUUUCAAACUUUUAGUCCACCCCCACACAACUCCCUUCUCUCUCCUUUCAAAAUAAAAAUCACACCAUUAUGGUCAAUGUUAAAAAACACUAAGAAAUUUAGAGUUUUUUUGUUGUUUUUUUUUUUUCAGGCGCUAUAAAAAAUUAGCAGAAGUCAUAGAAAGAGAGGAAAAAUCUAAACGUUCAGAAAAUAUUAAACUUAACAGGUUGCGAGUUCAAAUCUUUAAUAAGGUGAGUUGAAAAAUAUGCUUCAAACUUAUUAAGUCAGCAGGAUUUUUUUUUAAAAUGCUGUGUUUGCAAUGUUUUAUUUACACCAUUUGUUUGUGUCUUAUUAAUCUGAUUGAAAGUCCUGCUACUUUGUGUUAUGUUACCCAGAUUUGGCAAGUGCUACCAUGGCAGCAAGCACAUUCAAAUCAAUUGGAAUAUUUAGCAGCAUUAGUUAUUACUAAUAACAGUAAAAUACCAAAAACGUUCACUUCAUAAUUAUCAUACUUUAUCCUGGAUCAAGUAAUCGGAUCAUUGCCAAUUUAACUUAAGUAAAAUGCUUUACUUUAAUUAAGCUAUGCAUUUGUUAUUCUUUAACUUUAACCAUUUAUUUUAAUAUUUGACUUAAUGGUCAGGCAAAUUUAUACUAUAUAUAUAAAUAUGUAUAUAUAUAUAUAUAUUUAUAUAUAUAUGUACAUAUAUUGUUUAUAACAAGGUAAGGGGGAGGGGGCACUGUGGAUGAGUUUAUGGCACCAAUGGGGCAAUAGUCAAAAAAGUUUUUCAACCACUACUCUAAAGAAAUAGCAGGAAAGGAUGAACUGUUGAAUAUAACAUCUUAUCCUAUUUUUAUUUCCAGAAAGUGCAACAAGAAACGUUGCGAAAAUGUUGUAUGAGACAGCGUUGAGAACCCUGUGCUUCCUUUUCUGUUGGAGCAAAAUAUACUUAUUUCUUUGUACACUGGAUGACAAGAAAUCUGCAUGUGGAAGAUUAAUUUAUAUACAUCACUAUCCUCUUCUAUGACUAUAGCCAUAUGUAACUAUUAAAUUAUAAAUGUUCCAUUCAAUGAGUUACACUAACAUGGAAUUUAUUAAUAUCAUUAAUAUAGUUAAUAAAACUUGUAUAUAAUAUUCAGUUUGAGAGUAACUUUUGGCUUAUUCUGGUAUUGAAGGUAUUGGUUGAAUGUAAUGUUUAGUUUGUGGGUAACUUUUGGCUUCAUCUGGGAUUGAAGGUGUUUGGAAAUUUUUAUGAAACCAAGUAAUGAACAAGAAACACCCAAUUUUUUAAAUUAAAAAAAAUGUUUAGUCUUAUUCCUAUCCAAAUCUACUUAUCAAAUAUUAUAAUGUAGUUUAAAUUAUAGGACUGCAAUUGACCAUCAGCCUUCUUUCUUGUCCCAACUAUCACAGCUGCAGAUGAAGUUAAAAGACUAUCAGAAUAUCAUGUACAACCCACAAUGCCCUAAAUUUAUUUUACACUGAUAAAGCUCUCAUGACUUGUUAUGAGAAAUGUGCUUAAGAGGUUAUGUUGGAAGUUUAAGCAACAAAAAUAGUACUCUCGCCAAUAAUGAACUUUGACAAUGACAUAAAACCUUACUAGCGUUUAUUGAGUUCAUCAAGACUGUGUCAUUUAAUAUAUUAAAUUGUCAUAACAUAGUACUAUUGGUACUGUCAUCACUGAAUUCAUUUUAAAUGUUGUCAUCAAAUGACUUUGUUAAUAAAUUACUAUAUAAAUUAAUGUUGUGGAAGAUACGACUGACAUGAAUGUACGCAAAAAUCCUGAGCACUAACCAAAUGUCGAUGUCUCUAUUUAAUGCCUUUAAACACUAUUUUAAUUUAUUAUUAUUAUUAUUAUUUGCAUUAGCUGCACACAAUGUAAACAAAUUGUCUGUCUCACCUUCAUCUGUGAACCAAAAUGAAAUUAUGCUUACUAUUUAUUUGGAACAUUUUUAAAAUCAAUAGUAGAUAUUACACAAAGAAAUCCAAAAGUACUGAGGUUUGCAUAAAUGAGUACCAACAGUACUGAGGUUUGCAUUAAUGACUACCAACAGUACUGAGGUUUGUAUAAAUGACUACCAACAGUACUGAGGUUUGCAUUAAUGACUAUAAGAGGAUGGUGAUACUUAAAAUGCCAAUCAUUAGCUUUUGUAAUGUUCUCUCUAAGCUGUGAACUGUAGUAGAGCUCCACAAGUCAAUACAAUGUUCAGGAGAAAUUGACAUGCAAACAUUGUUCCCAUUUAAAGCUUAUUCUAGGUCAUUACAUUGCAGUUAACUGUAAAAAAGAAUAACUUGUUUGAAAACAGUAACUUUAUCAUAACAUGUCUUAACACUAUCUUGGCUGACAACAAUGUUUUGGGGGUACACACCUUUUUAUAGCUAUUCCACAAAUUGUCAUUACUCCCAGAUUUGUAAAAUAGAGACAAUAUCUUCUGUCAUGUCCUUAUUUUUUUUUUUACCAAACAUUAGUUUGAUUUAUCUAACAUAUUUUAUGUACCAUAUCUGGUAGAAUCCAUGAGCCAUUUAGAUCAAGGUCUGUGAUAUUUUUGUGUGUAAAAAUACUUUUAUUACCUGCAAUUAGUUUUAAUAGUUCAUUAUUCACCAGCUGUUUGUAUGACAGUUUUUUUACACCAUCAUUUGUCUAAUAGCC